CCCUCCUCAACUCCGUCCAACGAACCUCUUUCCCCUCCCCGCAUCCCAAGCCUCCCCGCUCCAUCGCCACACGCUCGAACCCACUCCUCUCACGCUCGAGUGCACACCGCACCACACCAACCAGAGCAGCCAUGGCUCUCGCCGGCGGCGCCGCCACCGCAGCGUGCAUCCUCGUCCUCCUCGCGCUCGCCGACGCCGCGGGGGCGGCUAACCCGUCGCCGGCGCCCGCGCCGGCGCCGGACUGCACGGAGGCGUUGAUUGGCCUCGCGGACUGCCUCGACUAUGUGAUGCCCGGCAGCAAGUCGGCUCGGCCUCCCAAGGCCUGCUGCACGGAGGUGAAGACCGCCGUCGGCACCCCCGCCACCGUGAAGUGCCUCUGCGCUGCCCUGGACGCCAAGACAACUCCGAUACCGAUCAACAUGACACGGGUGCUCGCCCUCCCCACCGCCUGCGGCCAGUCCGCCUCCGUCUUGAGCAAGUGCCACGCUGCGGCGCCUGCUGAAGCACCGGCGCCUUCAGCAUCUAGUGGCGGCGCAACCGCUUCACCACCGAAGGCGAAUGCGGCGGCGAGGUCUCCCGGCGGCGCCGCAACCAUUAUCCUAGCAACCGUGGCGACUUUGCUGCUCGCCUUCUAUUACCUCUGAGGGCCGACAUCUCCGCCUCUCUAACGUGUUCUGUUGCACAGACCUUGUGACUCUGUGUUGCGCAGUGUUGUAAUCUGAGUUUACUCUAUUUAUCGGGAUGGGCUCUGAGUUACUGUUAUUAUCAUGUACCGUCGACUCAAUUUUGAGUAGUAAAUUGCCAUGUACCUUGGACUGAAUAUUGAGAACUCGUUGCUAGUUAUGACACUUUGUUGACUUUGGAA